CGCAUGGCAAACUUCACCACCAUCCAUCCUGACCUCUACAAACGAACACACUUAUCCACACGGUUACUCCCGCCCGUAUGCCCCACACUGCACAAACUAACUUUGUAAGUUGUGUCAACGUUUCAUUCUGUGGAAGUUUAUAACUCCUAGUUUGGUUUUAGAAACACCUGACCAACUUGCAAUUACGUGUGUAAUUUUAGUGUCACCUUCUUUAGCUUUAUGCCGGAUUGAUUUCAUAUGCCGUUAACACGGUGAUCGUAUACGCACAGUGAUUUUAUAUCAAGUAAAAGGCCUACCAUACCACUGUAGUAACAAAUCACAACAACCCAACCCAGACAGCCAUUGUGUUGGUAUAGGCUACAUAGGCCGUACAUUGUAAUCGUAUUGCAAACGACAUAUCGGAUGACGUACCAAGCACCUGUAUGCAGUUGUUGCUUCUUUGAUUAAAAGCACAGUCAAGCAAGUCUGUAGACCUCAGUGCUUCACCAGGAAUAAUCAUGAUCAUCAAGCGGAGGACCACCUAUUUCUUCUUCGCCUCUCUGGGCGCUGUCGUCUCGCUGAUCUUCACCGGUAUAGCCAUCGUCACAAGCCACUGGACCUACGCCCAGCUUCAGAAGAACACCACGGGUCUGCUGGAUGCAACCUUUCCGCUGCGGGAUUAUCUAGGCAACAAUCCAAUCGCGUUUGAUCCAGACGACCCCGGUGCUUUCCUAGGUCUAGAUUACUUCGGUCUCUUCCAGGGCUGCAAGAAGUUCAACUACGGAUUCGGGGCCAGAGAGUGGCACUGCUACAAAGUUUUCAGCGAGCAUGCAAAUGUGUACAGUGUUGGCUAUCCAAUCGCAGUCUUCGUCUUUUUGACCAUCGCCAUCAUCUUCGCCCUGGUGUCAACCAUCUUCGGAUUGGUCAACACACUGACUGUUCCCAUAGAAACCAUCCACGGGCCAAUGGGGUUGUACUUAUGGAACGCCAUUGGAGCCGUAGGCAGUCUACUCGCCUGGCUGCUUUACCUGAUCCUAUACCUGACCCAACUCACCACCAAUGUCCUGACCACGGAAGACAUGGCUCCGCCCAACAAUUUCCGGACAACCUCGGUCUCUUUCGGCUACUCCUACUGGCUGGUCCUGGCUAGCUUCAUCUUGUUCCUUCUCAACCUUCUCUUUGUCUUCCUGGCUCACCUCUUGCAGGAGCCAGACCUCUUGAAGAACAAGAACAAGAAGGGCGAGGUUAAAACUGGCAAGGCGGGUGGGAACAACAACGUGGGCCUUGGGCUCAUGUAUUAGGCGAAGGUCGUCGAAUGUGCUCGUAUCCACCUAAAAUCUAGUCUGGGACCAAGACUACUGCAGCUAGGUUAGUUUAAUGUACGAACGUGCAUUGAUCAUGGCAGAUAGCUACCCAUAAUGCUUUGUGUAUACUGUAUUCCUUGACACGAUUUUGUGAAAGAGAUUAGCCAUAAACAACAACAACGCCUAUUGAUAGCACUAUGGGUACGAGCAAACUAUAGGCCUAGUUGGAACGUAUACUAUGGUGUGUGGGUGUGAUCUGUUACACGGUACCCUCUGGAGACAUGUGCACAAUAGGGAACAAAGGAUUGUAUACGUCCUCAGGGCAAUUUCUAUAGAUGAAAACGUCUCCAAAAAUUUAUCACGAAAUAGAUAUAUGGAUUUUACUCAAAAUCUAGGAAUUUCCAAGGGGUGUUGAUUCGUCGCAAAUUGAAGUAUUUUAUGUGAGGGAUAUUAAGUCGGACUUUUAGCCCAGGAAAUUAAUUCUGGUUAAAAUAGGUUAAUCAUUGAAAGUACAGUACACUUUCAAACUUGAAAACUUUAGUAUACGAGAACAAAGAAAUGACUCCACAAGGAUACACAUUUCAGUGUGUGUGCGCGUAUUUGUUCAUGGAUAUACAUACAACUUUGAUGUGGCAAUGGUGUACGUCGACGCCUUCUGAAAUCUUUCUAACAAAAAAAUACGCAAGUAAAUCAUAUUUCCAUCAUAUUUAAAACAUACAUUUUACUACAAAUGUAUUUAAGAAGUUAUACUAACCACGUUUGCUAAGAAAAAAACAAUUGGUUUUCACUUAAAUUUCAAAUUUUACAUAGAUGAAAUUUACAAUAAGACAAAAAAAAUACAAUAAAAAUAGAAAGGGCAGUUACUAUUCUUGUUCAACCCGCUAUACCACAUCAAAUUUAAGACUGGCAACAAUUUAGUAAAAAGUAGUGGUAAGGAACCGCAGUGUUCAGGAAAUCAGUCAGCGAAAGCUCCAAUCCUACGUAUUGUCAAAUGAAAGGUCUUUGGAAGAUCAUCUCUGAAACCUUGGCUUUGGCGUCGGCUCUUGGGCCAGUACAAAAUAUUUUCAUUUUAGUUCGAACAGGCUUUCAGUGUAUAUAGCCAAAGCUGGAGACAAAGCCGGGGUGUACAAAAUGGCUCCCCAAAGUGUUGGCCUCAAAUUAGAAAUUAAAUGAUAUUGGUUACAAGUAGAUCUAUCAGUAACCAUAUCAUGGUUGCCAUUUGCAAGAUGAACAAAAAAACCCGCGGGCUUUCUGGACUGUAUUUCGUUAGUAGGGUAGUUCAGAACCACGAAUAGAUACUGUUAGGCGUCUUGUGAUAUAAAUAGGGGGCCUACGUGUAAUGUCUGAUUUCGGCUUUUAAAUGAGAACGAUUUAGAUUAUUACAUAAAUCCUACAUGCCAAGAUUGAAUGAUUAUAAAGAGCAGUAUAGCCAAAUACUGCGAAACUAUGGCGCGAAAUUACGGUGACAUACCUACACUGAAUAAAAGUAACCAAACAAACCAUUUUUUUAAUUAAUCGAAUAAUCGAUGAUAUUUAUUUUUCUACUUGAAUUGUGGAUUUAAUUGGAAUGGUUCACAUUUAAACACAACUCGAAUAUCAAGUGCUAAGAUCGAAAGGUGAUAACAUACAUUACAAUAAUUUACAGGGUUUGUUAACAAGUUAUAAUUCUUUCAAACUUUAGCACUAAACAAAAUACUUCGCCAUUUAUUGUUUAAGUACAUGUACAUCACGAAUUUCUGGCAUACUUAACACUAAUUACGAUUUCACAUUUAUAAUAUAAGUUCAUCGAGACAAAGGGGAGGGAAUAUACCCCAAAAUGUACAUGCAGUGUGAUUAUGCCGUCGUGAAUAUGACGGUCCUUUUUAAAACACUUUAGCAUUACAUCCUAUCUGGUUUCGGAGAACGAAGACAAAAAUAAAUGCGAGUCUGCAUUAACACUUUUAAAUUCUGUGCAACUGACAAAUUAGCUGUUUGUGUAGACAAUAUCAAUUGCAUUAACGACAUUUACUUGUAGAGUACAUCUAAGACGUAAAUUGCACUUAUACAAUAUGUAUAUUUAAUAAUUUAAUCAGCGAACGUUAGUGUGAUUUGGGAACUUUUGUGUGAUUCCACAGCAGAAAAUUCUGUUUUAUUUUAUAGAUAAUAAUUAUUCUGUACACAGACAUUUUUGUAACAGUUACGAAAUAUAAUUACAUUUUCUUGAGGUCAAGUAUCAUGUAUACUAUACAGUUAUGCCUUGUCCGCAUAGUGGUUUCGGCUUCGGUUCCCGUGCAUGCCGCGGGUGACAAAAAUGCCCAGUACAGACGCAACCUUCAAAACUGAUCGAUUCUGACUGCAAUUUUGUUGACAUCGAUAGCUGUCAGAUGUUAGUACAUGUAAUAACAUGAUAGAAACUGCCAAACGAAUUACUCUCAAUUUCAGUUUUCGUAAGAGUCAGUCAACCACAGAUGGUAUCGACAAUUCUGUACAUAUACUUUUUGUAAAAGUUAUGAAAUAUAAUUACAUUUUCUUGAGGUAAGUCAAGUAUCAUGUAUACUAUACAGUUGUGCCUUGUCCGCAUAGUGGUAUCUAUAUUUUCCAAGUUUUUUUAAAUAGUUUUUAUGAUCUAUUUUCCGUAAGAAAAUCUUCUACAGAAACUUUUUGAGUAAAGCUGUACAAAACAAGACAAGAUGGGAAAAAUUAAAGUCAUCUCCAUGCAUCAUAGGACAUUAACAAGAAGGAAUGCAGUAACAAUGUCAGUGACAACGUCAAUAAACGUAUAAUAUAGAACGCUCAAACACCAAUUCGAUUAUUUUAGACGAGGAAUAAAAUGUGAUAAUUAAUAUACAUGCAGUCUGUGUAUGGUUUACAUGCACUUUUCUCGUACCUUUUGAAUUCCUGUCAAACCAAAUUAUACAUGUCAUUGCCAUUAAACGAAAAUGAUAAUACAUUUCCAAGACAAGUAUGCGAAAUUGAAUGAUGGAUGUGAAUAGAAUGAAUUUUACGCAGAUUAUAAUAUUGUGCUCACACAAAGAAUCACAAACCAAAUUGCCAAAUCGGCUUUCACGUUCCUGUUUGCGCGUUUUGAAAACAGCAAUUAUAAGAUUCAUCGGGAAGAUCGGGCAUUCAAAUUCGUUUCCAGAUUAUCUGGAGGCGCAUUUGAAUACCCGAUCUUCCUGAUGAUUCGCGUAAUUGCUGUUUACAAAACGCGCAAACAGGAACGUGAAAGCCGAUUGGCAACUUGCUACCUAAAGAGCAGAUUGGCACUGUCACUUGAGAGCACUGAGUCAGGGGCAAUGAAGUACAUGUACCCCAAAAAAACCUUGAAGACGAGCGCAUAACAUUCACGGAACGAAAGCCAAUUACGAGAUAACUCUCAGCAUCCCCCAUAUAUAGAUGCACUAUCCGGGCGUAUAUCAAAUUAUAAUGUUCAAACAUCGGCGUUGUACAUGCACCUAAUUGAAAUUCAAGCAAUUACGAAAUCAGUUGGCAAAUUUAACUUGCGUUUAACUUCAUUUAUUAAAAAAAAUAGAGUUUGAGUAGGCCUAUAGCGAGAAAAAUGAGCUCGUUUUGCACGUUUAUUUAGGUACCCUUGAAGCACUCAGCGCGAGAGCAUGCAUUUUAGCAUCCGCACUAAUGGACUAUUAGCAUGGCCUUCGUAUUAGGUGACUUCAACUCGUGCGGUCUCUUUUUGUGAAUACUGCCUCUGACAUAGGUUGACUUCGUCAAUAAUGGUUUUUAACAAAAUUAGAAAUACAAUUUACAUGUUGAUAAUAAAACUCGAAACUCAAUAAUAAUGUCAAACCGUGU